AUGGUGGAACACAUGAAGACCUUAAUUGAAAUUAACAGACAGAUCAGGGAAGGGAAGGACUUGGAUGCUAAAACAAUAAUGCAACUAGAGAUCAUUGAGAAUGCUGUCACAAAGAAGAAGGAGGGUGAUAUGAAACAACAGGUUAAAGAUGAGAACCCUGAACAACAAGAGGUUGCAGGGGCUGAAGCAGCUCCUAUAACUAUCCUUCCAAUCACCAACAGAACUAUAGUACAACCAGAUGCAGGCAUUAUACAUGUGAAAGGCUACAAACAUUUUUCAGGGGGUGAUCUGGAGAUUUUGAAAAUGAGGUUCUCCCAGUUCUAUGUCAAUCCACACAAAUCAAUAAAAGAAUAUAAACGGGCAGUGAGGCUUUACAACCCAAAUUUUGAGGACGUGGAAUUGCUACUUUCAGAAUUGUUCACCCCUAGUGAAAAGGCAAAAUUUAUUGCCGAAACUAGAAACAACCCCAAUCUUGCCUUAUGGCCAGAACACCAUCAAGACUUAGAGCUGUACUCAAAUGCUAAUAUCAUCUGUCUUAGAAGUGCCAUCACUGUUCUAGAGCAAGGAGGCAGAAAUCGUACUAUAAAUUUGAAGAAGAAUAAACUUGUAAUAGCUUCUAUGGACACAGAUUUAAUAGUGGUAUUGCUGGACAUGAAGGAAAAUCCAUCCAAGGACACUGUGAAUGAAGAGCAGUUUGUAAACAUUGACUUGAAUGAUGACAUUUGCAGUAUUUGUAAACUAACAAAUAAAGAAACAAUUUCCUUCUGCCACCUUUGUUUUGAGCUAAAUAUUGAAGGAGUACCAAAAUCUAAUCUCUUGCAUAUAAUAUCAUUAAGGGGCCACAAAGAGUGCUUUGAAAAAUUCCAUUUGAUAGCAAACCAGGAUUGUCCUUGAUCUAAACUCUCCAAAAGCACUUAUGAAAAAGUCAAAACUAUAUUUAGUAAAAAGAUAAAUUGGAUUAUAUGGCAUGCUCAGAAUAAGGAUGUAAAGACUGAUUCUGAAUGUUCUAAAACUUCCCAGCACUCACUUUUAAAUUUUAGACAUAGGUCAGAUAGAAAGUUAUUACCACAGUUUGAUUCCCAAGUACCAAAGUAUUCUGCAAAAUUGAUAGAUGGAACAACAGUAAGCAUCUCAAACCAUGCACAAAGGAUUUUGGAGCAAAGAGAAUCUACAAACUUUGGGCUUGAUAUGUGGCAAGAUUCAAGUGCCCCUUUCUCCCGUAAAGUUUUGUGGUCUUGUCACCAGCAAGCUCAGGAAAAAGAAAAGAAAGCCUCUGUUUCAGAUAUUAGUGACCAGAGACAACACACUUAUUAUACCAGAGAACAAUUGAAUUUGGUGAGCCUUGAUGAAGUAGAGCAGCUGAAUGAAAAGCUUCACCAGCAAAUAGAGGAAAUUUUUGAGCAGCUGGCACAUCAAGUACGAAAAAAGGAUUCUUUGGCAUCAGAACUCCAUGUCCAAAAUAUUGCUAUUGAACACCUACUUAAAAAUUAUUCCAAGUUGCCAUGUCUUCAAGUGGGGAGACAAGGAAUGAAGUUCAACCUUGCCAUAAGUAAUUGA